CCCUCCUUUUUUCCAAUAUAAUACAAUCCAACAGUUGUGUGCGAGAAAUAUUGUACAUACAUCCUCUUAUUCGGACAUUGAAGCUUUAAUUCACGAUUACCAUUCUUAUUUUUUCCAAAAUGAAAACAUUACUCCCACAUUUCCUUCUCUUCUUCCUCUUGUUCGUCGCGACAAUGGGGGUUUCGCCGGAAUAUACCCGUCCACAUCCACGGCCACUCAUUUUCCGGCCGCAUAACAGGUCGGAGUCAGAGCCUCAACAGGUGCAUAUUUCAGUGGCGGGGAAAGAUAAUAUGAGGGUUUCAUGGAUUACUUCAGACAAGAAGGUUAAAUCCGUAGUUGAAUACGGAAAGACGCCGGGGAAAUACGAGGCGUCGGCCACCGGAGAGAGUACUUCGUAUAAAUACUUCUUCUACAGUUCAGGUGAAAUCCACCAUGUCAGAAUUGGACCAUUGGAGCCGAGCACAAUGUAUUACUACAGAUGCGGUGGUUAUGGGCCGGAGUUCAGCUUCCGCACGCCGCCGUCGGCUUUUCCGAUCGAAUUUGCCGUCACUGGUGAUCUAGGGCAAACUGAAUGGACAGCAUCAACCUUAUCGCACGUCGGCGCUAGGGACUACGAUCUACUGCUUCUCCCCGGUGAUCUAUCUUAUGCCGAUACUAACCAGCCACUAUGGGACUCAUUCGGGCGCUUGGUCGAGCCAUACGCGAGCACCCGGCCUUGGAUGGUCACCGAAGGAAACCAUGAAAUUGAAACCUUCCCAAUCAUUUACCCCCAUGGUUUCAGAGCCUACAACGCCAGAUGGCUAAUGCCACACCAAGAGAGUGGGUCCACAUCCAAUUUAUACUAUUCAUUCGACGUGGCUGGUGCCCAUAUAAUCAUGCUCGGAUCUUACACUGACUUUGAUUCCAACUCGAAUCAAUACAAGUGGCUCCGAGGUGAUUUGGCAAGAGUUGAUAGGAGAAGGACACCUUGGAUAUUGGUAACGAUACAUGCUCCGUGGUACAAUUCUAAUCUUGCUCAUAAAGGAGAGGGAGAGAGCAUGAGGAAAGCCAUGGAGAAAAUAUUGUACGAGGCACGGGUCGAUGUGGUCUUUGCGGGACAUGUUCACGCAUAUGAGAGAUUCACAAGGGUUUAUGAUAACAAGGCGGAUGAAUGUGGUCCUGUGCAUGUGACCAUUGGCGAUGGGGGAAAUAGAGAAGGACUUGCUAUGUUGUUCGAGAACCCUAGUCCUUGGAUCUCAGUGUACCGAGAAGCAAGCUUCGGACAUGGGCGACUGAGGAUAGUGAACAGCACCCAUGCGCAUUGGUCGUGGCAUCGUAACAAUGAGACGGACGCACAUAUGUCGGACGAGGUAUGGUUGGAAAGCUUGAGCUCCUCCACACCCUGCAACCAAAUUAAUAUUUCAUCCACUUCUCCAAAUGACGAAUUAUAGUAAAUGUUGCACUGAGAUCAACACCUAGAAAUUUGAAUGCUCUUUGAGAUCACCUGUGCUUGAUUUGUAUACAUAUUUUAGAGUGUACUGAUGAGAUUGUAGCAAAAAAUUGUAUCACUAGGGAAAAACAAAAAUAUGUGUUGUGUAUGUGAAUGAAAAAUUUUAUGUAAUUAUUUUA